UGCUCCCCCAUCCUGCAUGCGACUUGUGGCUUUCCAAUUUGUGCUCCCUGCUCCGUAUGAUGAUCAGUGUUCUUUGUGCACUGUCGCUGGCCAAAUCCUCGCUAGCUGACCUCUCUGUCAGUGUGUCUGACAGUGCAGAGUUUGCUCAGGAGCCUUCGAAGUCUCUCUUGCAGCACAAUGUGGUGCGGCAAAAAGCUCCUGCAUCUGUGCUGUCGUUUGAAGCCAAUGGCACCGAACUCUUGCAGGCGGUUGCACCGCUGAAAUUCAUGCACACCCCCAAGUGCGGAAGCUCCUUCUCGAAUGCCUUGGCACAUACACCUGGCAUGUGCCCUGGCUUGCCCAACACUGUCUCCUUGGGCCCCUCGAACUUCGGGGAGUACUUUGACGUUCAUUUUUGGCAGCUGUGUCCCGAGAUCUGUGACCAGAAGAUGUUCUCCUGCAACCCGCCAAUGUGGAAGCACGAGGCCUUUGGGGGAAACGCGAUCAAUCCCUAUCGGGGCCAUUUGGUGACCAUGGUGCGAGAUCCCGUGCAGCGUAUGGCGGCAGGGUACAACGACCCAAUCUUCGACUUUGUCAACGACUCGCACGAAGAAUGGUCGCGCUUCAGAUUGACCGAUGAGCAUGGAGAUCCACUUCCUCACACUGUGCCGUUCGAAAAGUUCACCAAACACUGGGUCGGAGUCCUCACCACACAGUUGACGCGAACUGAUUGGCUGGCCUGGACUGACGGAGUGCUGCUGACUGACGAUGAUGUCAAGGAGGCCAUUCGAAGACUCCAGGAGGACUUUGUGUUCAUUGGUGUGGUGGAGCAGUGGGAACUCUCCAUGUGCUUAUUCCGGACCAUGUUCGGUGGGAAAUGCUUUUCGACCGACUUUGAAGACACCCGUCCAGGAUUCCAUGGACGGAGUGCAGAAGAAAAGUACGACACUGAAAACGUCACGGAUCCCUUUGAUGACGCCGUCUACAAGGCAGCGGUCGAGAUAUUCAAGGCCAAUUUGGCCAAGUACAACGUGACUAUGGCUGCAUGCAAGCCAUGCUUUCAACAAGCAGGACUUAGUGACCUUGCUUGACGCUGUGACCUGGAAGGGAAGGACAGCGUCAUGAAAAUGGAGCGCUUGCUCAAAGAAACGGCCGAACUCGCUGCAGUUGCAAAGGUGAAUGUGUCGCCAGACUCUUCGCGA